AUGGCUCCUUAUCUAGGACUUCCGAAUGCAAACGCGGUUACGAAAUUCCUAGAAUCUCCAGAGUUCCGCCCUUGGUUCAAUGAGCUUUAUCAAUCUGCUAUCUACCCGCGCACUCUUAAAGCACCUAAUACCAAAGGUCCCUCUCUUUUACAAGUCCAAAAAACGAUCAUCUACGGAAAGUCAUUUGGUCGUCGCAAGUACUCUAGUGUGUCUUUGAAUAAGACCGGCAGGGAAGCUGAUCAUUACGCUUCAUGCUUAUAUCGUCUAUGUGUUGAAAACACACACUCUCGGGACGGGGUAUUUCGCAAACACCAAAUGAGCACGAUCGAGAAGGAAGCGAGGAUGUAA